UCCGUUGCUCAGCGGAAGUGUGGGUCGCCAGAGGACGACUCCUGGAAGAAUCGGCUCUCUGCUGGGCGCCCACCCGGAAUCAUGUCGAGUUUGGCGGUGAGAGACCCGGCGAUGGAUCGGUCGCUGCGUUCCGUGUUCGUGGGGAACAUUCCGUACGAGGCCACCGAGGAGCAGCUGAAGGACAUUUUCUCGGAGGUGGGUUCGGUGGUCAGCUUCCGGCUGGUGUACGACCGCGAGACGGGCAAGCCCAAGGGCUACGGCUUCUGCGAGUACCAGGACCAGGAGACCGCUCUCAGUGCCAUGCGCAACCUCAACGGGCGCGAAUUCAGCGGCCGGGCCCUGCGGGUGGACAACGCCGCCAGCGAGAAGAACAAGGAGGAGCUCAAGAGCCUGGGGCCUGCGGCGCCCAUCAUCGACUCCCCGUACGGGGACCCCAUCGACCCCGAGGACGCCCCCGAGUCCAUCACCAGGGCGGUGGCCAGCCUGCCCCCGGAGCAGAUGUUUGAGCUCAUGAAGCAGAUGAAGCUGUGUGUGCAGAACAGUCACCAGGAGGCGCGGAACAUGCUGCUCCAGAACCCGCAGCUGGCCUACGCGCUGCUGCAGGCCCAGGUGGUCAUGAGGAUCAUGGACCCCGAGAUCGCGCUGAAGAUCCUGCACCGCAAGAUACAUGUCACACCGCUGAUCCCGGGCAAAUCCCAGCCUGUCUCCGGCCCUGGCCCCGGCCCCGGGCUCUGCCCCGGCCCCAACGUCCUGCUCAACCAGCAGAACCCUCCCGCCCCGCAGCCCCAGCACAUGGCCAGAAGACCAGUCAAAGACAUCCCUCCUCUGAUGCAGACCCCUAUCCAGGGGGGGAUGCCGGCCCCGGGCCCGAUUCCAGCCGCGGUUCCCGGACCGGGGCCUGGUGCCUUAACCCCUGGUGGAGGAAUGCAGCCCCAGGUUGGAAUGCCAGGCGUGGGUCCAGUGCCUUUAGAGCGGGGACAGGUGCAGAUGUCGGAUCCUAGAGCUCCUAUACCUCGUGGGCCCAUGACUGCCGGGGGCCUGCCUCCUCGAGGACUGUUGGGAGAUGCUCCAAACGACCCACGUGGAGGGACUUUGCUUUCAGUCACUGGAGAAGUAGAGCCCAGAGGCUAUCUUGGCCCACCUCAUCAGGGUCCCCCCAUGCACCAUGCCUCUGGUCAUGACGGCCGCGGCCCUUCCUCCCAUGAGAUGAGGGGAGGGCCGUUAGCAGAUCCCAGACUGCUGAUGGGAGAGCCCAGGGGACCCAUGAUAGAUCAGAGGGGUCUCCCUAUGGAUGGCAGAGGUAGUAGAGAUUCUCGAGGCAUGGAGACUCGAGCCAUGGAGACUGAAGUCUUAGAGACACGAGUAAUGGAGAGAAGAGGAAUGGAGACCUGUGCAAUGGAAACCAGAGGGAUGGAAGCGAGAGGCAUAGACGGAAGAGGGAUGGAGAUACGGGGCCCUGGCCCCAGUUCCAGAGGCCCUAUGACUGGUGGAAUCCAGGGACCUGGGCCCAUUAAUAUGGGGGCAGGUGGUCCUCAGGGACCUAGGCAGGUCUCAAGCAUUUCAGGGGUGGGAAAUCCUGGAGCUGGCAUGCAGGGGGCAGGCAUGCAAGGGGCAGGCAUGCAAGGGGCAGGCAUGCAAGGGGCAGGCAUGCAAGGGGCAGGCAUGCAAGGGGCAGGCAUGCAAGGGGCAGGCAUACAAGGGACAGGCAUGCAGGGGGCGGGCAUGCAAGGGGCAGGCAUGCAAGGGGCAGGCAUACAAGGGACAGGCAUGCAGGGGGCGGGCAUACAAGCAGUGGGCAUGCAGGGAGCAGGCAUACAGGGGACAGGCAUGCAGGGGGCAGGCAAGCAAGGUGGAGGCCAGCCUAGCAGUUUCAGUCCUGGGCAGAGCCAGGUAACUCCACAGGAUCAAGAAAAGGCAGCUUUGAUCAUGCAGGUUCUUCAGCUGACUGCAGAUCAGAUUGCCAUGCUGCCUCCUGAGCAAAGGCAGAGCAUCCUAAUUUUAAAGGAACAAAUUCAGAAAUCUACUGGAGCUUCUUGAAAGGUUUUAGGAAAUACUUAGCAGUAGUCUCAAAGUUUUUCUGUAGCAUGGAGAAUGGAUGCAAAAAGCUGACUUCUGCAUCCCUACACUUGAAUGAUUAGAGUUUCCCUCCCCGAACUUUAUCUCAUUUCAUCUUGUUGUCUUUUUAUCUUUUCUUGUUUGUUUUUAUCUUUAAUGGGGGGGGGUAAGGGGAGGAAGGGGUGGGUCUGUUGACUUUUAUUCACUGUAAAUACACGAAAAUAGCUCUGAACAUGGUUAUAUUAUACCAAAUAAGAUUACAAAGAAUAUGCAGCAAUAUUAAAACUGUCUACAAUAUGUUAACUACAUUUUUUUUAAAAUAUUGGGUUAAACAAUGUGAAAACUGCACAUAAAGACUAAACUAUGCCCUGUUAACAUGGUAAUGUACUAAGAUAGUUUAAGAUUUUUGGUUGUGUAAGAAAAUAAAGAAGUUUACCUUAAAAUUAUAAGAUACAUGUUUUGGUAAGCCAUUUAAAAUACAAAAUCCUAUUUUGGGGACAAUAGAAUGCUGUAUUAGGUUAAGCAUUGUUUUAGUGUUUUGGAAAUAUUUCAUAAUGCUAGUGCUAACAGGGUAAGUCUCAACUUGUACUAGAUUUUUUUUUUUUUUUUUUUUUAAGCUAUGCUGCCUGAAAAACCCAGGAAUGCAUCUGGUGAGAUGUUUCACUUAUCCCACCAUUCAGACAUCAGCAGUAUUCUGGCCUGGCCUUGAGCCAGACGAUGUUGCUGCGACAGUUCUGGGAUCAGCCAGGUUACUGAAGGCUGCCCCAGUAAGACUCAGCUUCUCUCAAUACCUUCCUGUUUCUUGAUAGUCUUUACACCCUGAAUAUGAAUCUAAGUAAUUCUCUCAUAGUCUUUCUAAAAAUCAGUGUCUAGGGACCAGUUUAUCUGGGUGAAUUCUGCACAGCGUUGGACUUCUCAUAAGUAGCAGAGAGCUUCAUGCAGUAAAGUUCCCAGGUUCCUGGUGACUAGCCUCAUAUACGGAUGGUAUCUAUGUGGUCAGCCAGAAUCAGGACUUAAAAAUCUUAGUCUCGCUAACAUUUAACAUGCCUUUCAGUUUUCUUAUUUGCAUAUCUACUUACCUAUCACUGUGUUAGAAUAACUGAGACCCAGGUACGUAGAGAAUUCUCUGCUCAGCUAGUUAUUACUCAUUUUACUUUUUAUAAUAAAGCCAGUUAGCCCUAAUAUAUAUACCCAUGAGAGAUUUAAAAAUCAGUAGGAAGGUGGGGCUUAUCACAUUUUCUUGAGAGCUACUACCUAAUUUAUUAUUAAGCCUUGAAGUUGUGGACACGUAAAAAUUUGUAUCAUAGACUAAACUAUAAUUAACAGAAGCAUAAACACCCAAAUAACCAGGUGGUCUUACUCUGGAGAAGAAAAACCAACGUCUAGUAACAGAGGAAAAAGUAGCAUUUAAUACAAGGAGAGAGCUGAAACUUGGAAAUUGAAUUAUUCCUCUUAUGAGGUGUUUACAUCUUAAAUGGAUACUUGACUCUUUUUACAGAGUUUUCUUCCCUGUGCUAUUUCCUGCCACCUGUUCUACUCAUAUUUUUCAUUGUUAUUCAUACUGUCCACUUUGCCGUGUUUUCUGUAUGCUUCCCCCCAUAUUAGAGAGGAUAACUCUCCUUUACAUGUAUGAUAGUUCUGGUUAAUACUAAUUCGGAGUUGGCCUGAUUACUUGGAAGUUACAAUUGCUUUAUCCCAAAGCUUUCACCGAAGGGCUCUAACUGAAAACUUAGAUGUUAUGUUCUUUGUUGUAGUUAAAUCUGCAUUGUUCAAUGCAGACUAAAUAAAAGGAAUGCAAAAUUAA